GUGCGUGCCAGUUUGAGCUCCUAAUUGAAAAGCUGUGAGUGUUUUUAUUUCCGUCCACUUGACUGACACCGGCGCGAAUUUACUUAAAAUGUUGCGGACAACUUCAUUUCCCCUUCAGUGGUAUUAUACUUUUAACUUCUGUCUCAUAUAAUACCAUUUUAUAUCAAAGCUAGCACCACCUGCUAGCUUAAUUGAGCUAACAAGCAACACAGCUAAGUUAGCUACAACGGUAACUGCUAGCUGUUUGAAAACGGUUGUCAGUGAGCAGCAGGAAGAUAACGGUAAUAUCGGGGAAUAUGAAGUUUCACCGCCAACACUGGAGACUGUUUUCAGGACAAAGCGGAUUAUUUUUUUACUCUGCAAAGCGGAGCACAGAGCAAACACAAGAGUGACAAGAAGACGAAGGUGUUAAUAUUCAAGGACAACUGCAACCAAAAUGGCGACGGGUCAGUUUACCUUUUUCUGGCCGCCAGUUGGCAACAGGGUUACAGUCACGUUAUCUACAGAACCUGAACCAUGGAGAGCAAUUUAAGGGACAUCUUCUGAACAGAUGCGUUGGAGGAAUAACAUGGCGUCCCUCCUUAACACCUCUGACAGCGGUUUAUUCGCCGCAUUGGUUUUUUUUUAAGAAAAUACAACGACCUUUGAGGAGUCCAUCACAAUUCAGGCAGAAGAUUAAUAAAGAAGCUCAUCUAAAGCACUGUGUGGUGGGAACACUGGGCUCGUCAGUGCCAAACUCAACAUUUACACAGGAGCUGAAGGAGGAACUGGUUCGAUUAGUUGCCACUUGACUCUGACUGGAAACAUGAAGUUCUUCUGUAGGAACGAAUGUAAAGGAGAGGAUAUUCUCAUUAGAACAGAUGAUGUCACAGCUCAGAACGGCAGAUACAGCAUUGCAUACAGCAACGGAUCUUCUGGAAUAGGAAUUCUGACUGUGACCAUCACACGUCUGACCAAGUCUGAUGCAGGACGGUACAGGUGUGGUUUAGGCAAAACUUUGGGUUCAUAUUUAUACCAGGACUUUGGACUCAGAGUUUCAGAUGUGGGACUGUUGGAUGUAGAGUCUGGCUUUCACUACACAAAGACUGAAGGAGAAGAAGUCACUCAAGGAUGCGGCAAUAGUGCCUACAGAAGUUGGAAGUUCUUUUGUAAGGAUGAAUGUAAAAAACAAGACGACGUUCUCAUCGAAACAGAUGGCAACAGAACUCAAAGUGGCAGAUACAGCAUCGAAUAUACAGAAGGAUCUCCAUAUGAACUGCGUGUGACCAUCUCACAGGUGACCAAGUUGGACACUGGACGGUACCGGUGUGGUUAUGGCAGAGCUUUCUCCCCAGAGGUCUACGUGUUGUUUCCGAUCAUUGUCAUAGAUGCUCCAACCACUUCAAGCCCAAACUGGAGUCCUCCACCUUCCUCAGCGUCUGUCCCAUCAGCCCCAACACCAAUAACAAGCUCCAGUGCAGGAAGUUUCACACCUUCACCAGUUUUCCCUGCAACCACCAACCAGCUCACAAUGUACAUCUUUCCUCUGGUUGUGUGUGUGCUCAUGGUGGCGGUGCUGUCGGCUCUUGUAAUGCUGCUCCUCUACAAACAGAAGACAAUGACUUCAAACGGCACGAACGUGGAGUGUGUUACCUAUGAGAACCAUCCGCCAGCCUCUACAUAUCAAGACUCCGUCUACCAGAGCCUGGAUCCAGCCAGCAGGGAUCAUGACCAAAUCUACGCUAUACAACACGAGACUGUUUGAAUUCAGACCAGAGGGGUCUACGACGAACCAAAAUAAGCAUGUUAGGGAGGUGCACCAAACGUCUGGGUCAGAAAACAGGUCCGCUGAGACUCCAUGAUGAACGACUGAAUGCUGAUGGUGAUGAACCUGUCAGUUUAUUAGUUUAUGAUCUGCUUUCACAGGUUGUGUCCCUUUGAAGGGCCAGUGUCCCGUGUUCAGGAUGAUCUCUGGCUUUCAUCACAGACAAAGAAAAUUACUUUUUAAUUUAAAAUUAAAAUAAUAAACUUGUUAUGGUGAACUCACACAGUAAAGGCUUUUGUGCACCAUGUAUGUAUUUUUAA